GCACAAAAGCGCUAUGCAACAGAUACAGCAAAUACCACGAGUCGGAAUCGGUGCUCCUGGUAGUAUGGGCACCGAAAGUAAACCGCAUCAAUGCCAACAAUGUAUGAAGAGCUUCUCCAGCAAUCAUCAAUUGGUGCAGCAUAUCCGUGUUCAUACGGGCGAAAAACCGUACAAAUGCUCAUAUUGUGAUCGUAGAUUUAAGCAGCUUUCUCACGUUCAACAACACACUCGAUUACACACUGCGACAUCGGAUCAUUAGUGUAUGCCUGGCCGGCCAGAAAUGUGGGCAAACAAUUCUUGGAUUUUGCAUGAUGAUAACGCUCCAUCGCAUCGAGCCCAAAUUGUGCUGGAUUAUUUGAUCAAA